AUGGUGAAACUAACUUUACGGGGUCGCCAGCUAGUAGGAGGGUUUUAUGGAGCAGAAAAACGACAAAGCGAGAAAAAUUAUUUUCCACUCCAGAAAUUAAUGAUCAUGAGCUCGUAUUUGAUGGACUCUAACUACAUCGAUCCGAAAUUUCCUCCAUGCGAAGAAUAUUCGCAAAAUAAUUACAUCCCAGACCACAGUCCGGAAUAUUACAGCCGGACCAGAGAGUCCAGUUUCCAGCAGCAGCACCAGGACUUGUUCCCUCCACCUCCACAGCGACCCAGCUACCCCGAGCGCCAGUACAGCUGCGCCGGCCUCCAAGGGCCAAGCCACCCCCCAGCGCACCCCAGGGGCCAUGGACCGCCGCCCGGAGGCCACCAUCUCCCCGAGAAGCAGCCCCAGCAGCUCUGUGACCAAACGGCUCUCUCCAGCACGGCCACCUCGCCAGCCCCGGCCCCUCCAGCCUGCAACCAGCAAACCCCCGAGCAUCCCAGCAGCACGGCCACUAAGCAGCCCAUAGUCUACCCCUGGAUGAAAAAAAUCCACGUCAGUACGGUGAACCCCAAUUACAAUGGAGGCGAGCCCAAGCGGUCCAGAACUGCCUACACCAGACAGCAAGUCUUGGAAUUAGAGAAAGAGUUCCAUUAUAACAGAUAUCUGACUAGGCGGAGGCGCAUCGAAAUCGCCCAUUCCUUGUGUCUCUCGGAGAGACAGAUCAAGAUUUGGUUUCAGAACAGGCGGAUGAAAUGGAAAAAAGACCACAGGCUGCCCAAUACCAAAGUGAGGUCGACGGCUCCGGCCAAUUCUUCCAGCGGCUCCAUCUCUGCUUCUUCCAACCCGGUUGCUAGCGAGGAGCAUUCGCAAAGCACAUCUCAGGAACAACGAGCAGAGGAUAUUACAAGGUUAUAAACAAACAAACAAACAGAAACAGAAAAAAACCCAACCCCCCCACAAAACUGACUCUGAUUAUUUAUAGAAUCUAAUAUAUAUAUCUAUAUAUUUUGGUUCUCUUUUUUCCCCUCGUAGUUUUUUUUUUCCUGUGCGUAUAUAUAUUUAAAAAAAGAGGGGAAAGACACACAAAAGGACGAGAUCGUCUUCCAAGAUCUCGGACAUUCCGUGCAUGAAUUCUUAGCAUGAGAGACCAGGUGAAGUACCUGCUGGGGUUUUUUUUAAACGCCAUUUUCAGGGUUUUAUUUAUUUUUUAAAGGGAAGGAGUUGCGAGAUGGAAUGGAUGUGUGUGUGUGUGAGAGAGAGAGUGUGUGUGUGUUUGGGGGGAGCUAAAUGUUCUGUUUUAGAUGAAUAAUCGGGACAUAUGCUAAUAAUUACACGGACAAGGAAAGAAUGUCGUUAUUUUGCUCUGUGCGUUUACAAAUAAGAGAACAACAAAAGGAAACGGACCACUGAAGGCUUUCUUUCUUUCUUUUUGUACAAAUGUGGGGCAAGGUUUUUUAAAAAAAUAAAUAAAUAAAGGGGAGAAAACAACACGGGAGCUAGAAGUAGCAGGCGAACUUAUGGCUUAUUUAAAUAUGAGAAGCAAAAGAGGGGAGAGAAAGGGAAAGCGAAGGAGAAAGUGGAAAGACAAAAGUCAAUAGCUAGAUUCCUUUGGGAUUAUUUUUUUUUCGUCGUGGUUCUUGUGUUUUUGGGACUGAUUUUACAUGAUCAUUGUAAACUUGCAAUAAAAGAGUUUUAGUGUAUAUGUGAAAGUCCCCUUGUUCAAUAAAACCAGUGAG